AAAGAAGACAACAAAACUUCUGAAACUUAACCCCAAAAAGCUCUUCCCCACGCUGCAGUGCAGCACGUUGACCGCGUGUGUGUAUUGUGAAUAUAUAGUUUGUUUCAGUUUAUUUGAGUAGUAUUCUUUUGUGAAUUUUACAUAAUGGGUAGACCCGGAUUCUCACCUGGUGGACGAGGUGGCGGUGGAAGAGGAGGAGAUAGGGGUGGAAGACCAAGCUUUGGUCGAGGAGGCGGUGGUGGUCGGCCCAGUUUCGGACGGGGAGGAGGAGGAGGUGGUGGUCGCCCAAGUUUCGGCAGAGGAGGACGGGGUGGUGGUAGGGGCGGUGGUAGAGGUAGAGGCGGUGGUCGAGGAGGUGGUAGAGGAGGUUUCGGAGGUGGCAAGAAUGUUAUAAUCGAGCCACACAGGCACGAGGGUGUGUUUAUAGCCAGAGGUAGGGAGGAUGCUCUGGUGACGCUUAACAUGGUUCCUGGUGAGGCAGUGUAUGGGGAGAAGAGGAUAUCUGUGGAGGAAGGGGAGUUGAAGAAGGAAUACAGAGUUUGGAAUCCUUUCCGGUCAAAGUUGGCUGCAGCUAUCCUGGGAGGUAUUGACCAAAUACACAUGCCUCCGGGCAGCAAGGUGCUGUAUCUUGGUGCAGCGUCGGGUACCACCGUCUCUCACGUUUCCGACAUUGUUGGACCGGAAGGACUGGUGUACGCCGUAGAAUUUUCUCAUAGAUCAGGGAGAGAUUUGUUAAACGUUGCCAAGAAGCGGACGAACAUCAUUCCGAUCAUCGAGGACGCCAGACAUCCGCACAAGUACAGGAUGCUGGUUGGCAUCGUGGACUGCAUAUUUGCUGAUGUUGCACAGCCUGAUCAGGCUCGUAUCGUGGCCAUCAACGCCCACAGUUUCCUCAAGAACGGGGGCCACUUCGUUAUAUCAAUAAAGGCCAACUGUAUAGACUCGACCGCUCAGCCUGAAGCUGUAUUUGCCGGCGAAGUCAAAAAACUGCAAGCAGAGAAAUUCAAGCCUCAGGAACAGUUAACGUUGGAACCGUAUGAGAGAGACCACGCAGUUGUUGUUGGUGUUUACAGGGCGCAACCGAAGCAAUAGCAGAGUUUUGGGACCACCAAUAUAAAAAUUAUUUUUGUUUGUGCCACAUUUAAAAAUAUAAAAUAAUUGUGGUUGUAUAUGUUAUAAAAACAUUUUUUAAUAUUA